CCUCGCUCGGCUCGGCUCGGCUCGGCUCGGCUCGUGCGGCCGCUCGCCGUCUCCGCGCCGCCUUGGAAUAUGGUUGGGGAAAUGGAAGCCAAGGAGAAGCCCAAGCCGAGCCCCGAUUACCUGAUGCAGCUCAUGAACGACAAGAAGCUCAUGAGCAGCCUCCCCAACUUCUGCGGGAUCUUCAACCACCUCGAGAGGCUGCUGGACGAAGAAAUUAGCAGAGUACGUAAAGACAUGUACAACGACACGUUAAAUGGUAGUACGGAGAAGAGAAGUGCAGAAUUACCAGAUGCUGUGGGACCUAUUGUACAGUUACAAGAGAAACUAUAUGUGCCUGUAAAAGAAUAUCCAGAUUUUAACUUUGUUGGAAGAAUCCUUGGACCCAGAGGACUAACAGCUAARCAGCUGGAGGCAGAAACAGGAUGCAAGAUAAUGGUCCGAGGGAAGGGCUCAAUGAGGGACAAGAAGAAGGAAGAACAGAACCGAGGCAAGCCCAACUGGGAACACCUGAAUGAAGAUUUACAUGUACUUAUCACUGUGGAGGAUGCUCAAAACAGAGCAGAAAUAAAGCUGAAGAGAGCUGUUGAAGAAGUGAAAAAGUUACUGAUACCUGCAGCAGAAGGAGAAGACAGCCUUAAAAAGAUGCAGCUGAUGGAGCUUGCAAUUCUGAAUGGCACCUACAGAGAUGCCAACAUCAAAUCACCGACGGCCCAGGCGCCCAGGAUUAUCACGGGGCCUGCGCCCGUCCUCCCGCCGGCGGCGCUGCGCACCCCGACGCCGGCCGGCCCUACCAUAAUGCCUUUGAUCAGACAAAUACAGACCGCUGUCAUGCCAAACGGAACCCCCCACCCGACCGCUGCAAUAGUCCCGCCGGGACCCGAGGCCGGCCUCAUUUACACGCCCUACGAGUACCCCUACACGCUGGCACCAGCUACGUCAAUCCUUGAGUAUCCUAUCGAGCCUAGCGGUGUAUUAGGUGCGGUGGCUACUAAAGUUCGAAGGCACGAUAUGCGUGUCCAUCCUUACCAAAGGAUUGUGACCGCAGACCGAGCCGCCACCGGCAACUAACCUAUGACCUUCUGACCUCUGAACUCUUCACCCAAUGAUGACCUGACCAUGCCUGCCUGCUGAUCAGUUAACUGGUAAACGCCUUUGCUUGCCUGUCUUCAGUGCAGCGAGCUGGGGCACUUGUCCGUUCGUCUUACCAUCUAACAAAAAGACAAAGAAAUUGUUGUCCUCCAACUCCGCUUUUUUUUCCCUCCUGUCUGGGUGAAAGUGGUUCUAGAACCUGCACUGAAUAGUAGUAAAGCAAUAAGGUCCAAUGCGUCCCUCAGCACUGAGCAUCCUCUAGUGUCCCAGCCCAAGCGAACGGUGAGAAGGCCUCGCGAGAGACGGAGACAGAUGUCCCUUAGCCACCCGAUGACAGAGGCAGUUACUGUGAGAGACUUCUAGGAAUACUUUUCUUCUCAAAACGAAGUCAAAGCUCUCUCUGAAUGUACUGUGUGAUGAUGCAUCAUGCAUGAACCUUUGGUCAGGGAUGUCAUUGGUGAAGGGAUUCCAAAAAGUAUUCAAAAUUUGAUAAGCUCUUUAGUCACUACCAGUGCCCUCAAAGGGCGGAAGUUGCAGCCUUUUUUUUCUAUCGCCUGCCAAAUUGGAUGUUUUAAAAGAGAGUGUGCCAUGAAAUACAGAUUGCGAUGACUUUUUCAGAACUAUGUUGAUGUUGAGAACAAAACAGCAACACUAUUGAAGCAAAAUCUGCGUUUAAAUUAUUUUAACCAUACUUUAAUCUCCUCGGAAGAUUACAUGAGAACAAGGUACAUGCAUUAUGUGUCACAUUACUGGGCAAACUGUUCAAAUAUUUUUUUUAAACCUCCCUGUAUAGAAAAAUUUCAUUAAGGAUGUAAAAGCCAUGCUUGCCUAUUUGCUGUAUACAUGUAAUGAAAUUGUAGAUAAAGUGUAGUGCAUUGAAACAAAAUGAACAAAAAAGUAGAUACUUUUACUAAACAAGGGUGCUGGUGCAGAAAAAAAAUAUAUUUUUGGAAAUGUAGCAUUUUAUACUUUCAAGUGUUAUAAAAAAAGAAAAAAAGAACAAAGAAACCCUUUAUUUCAUUAAAUGAUUUUUUCUGGUGGUUGUCAAGAAACAAAAGACCAAAAGAGCCUUUUAGUCUUUCUUUUUUUAUUUUUUAAGUAUUGGAAUAAGUCUAAAGAAAAGGAAGUGCCUUAUUUUCUUCAUGGUCAUUUAGUCAAAUGUCUUGUAUAAUCAGCUUCUCCCUCAGACAAGUUACUGCAUGCCACUCAGUCGCCCAGUAUGUGAAAAGAAGCUGUGAGGAAAGACAAAUGAUGAGUUGACCAUAUUGAUUACCUGAUUUUUGCCAUAUUAGUGUGACGUGACUUUGCCAAAAUCUCAUUAUGUGAAACAUUUUCUGAACUGUGUCAAACCAGCCCAUCGUUGUGUCAGCGAUUCUGCUUUAACGCCCCRGCUAAUACAGUGCUCGUGCAACGUAAACCAAAGGGUUCUGUGAUACAGACGCUCUCAUUCGAGAACGGAGUAUUAGCUGGGAAACGUUUGUAGAGAUGGGGACGGAUUUCAUUGUUGUUCAGGGAUGGAGGGGAAUUUUCUUGCCUUUGGUUGGAAUCGUUAUACAUCAAGGAUAGUGGGCUUCGGAGUCACCCGUAAAAAUAAUGUCCUGCGGAUAAUGAAACUGAAGGCACUUAACUGGUUUUCAGUUCCAGUCUGAGCAUGGCCCCAGUUUUCAUAAGUGGCUCCUGCAGCGUCAGGCAGUUUGCAGGUCACUUGCUUUUCAGCCAGCUCCUGUUUGAUUAACGUUAGGCCUGCCUUCCUUUUUUUUCAUAAUUUCCUAAGCAGGAGAGGCACAUCAGGUGAUUGAAGUCCAGCUGUGCGAAGCUUUUAACCUUUGUUUCCACAUGGCCUUCAGACAGAUGGGUAGUUGCGAGAGUUGAAGCUGUUGAACGCACAGUGCUUAAUUCUAAAAACAUGAAGUAUUAGUUUGUGUGGGGCUCUACUAAACUUGGCAAAUAUCAGGUGAUACUUUUAUUCCCCUUCUUGUCAACUUAUUCUCCUCCUGCAUAUCUUCACAGCUUCCAAAUGAAAGGUCAACAGUAAGCUAAGAGGGCUUACAUUUUAAGCACCUGCAUGGUGACCUCAUCUAACAUCUUGUCUCACCUGGAAAUAAUUAUCAGUUUAUUUACUAUGCAAUAGACAUUCAUCCUUUCAUAUUCAGCUAGCUUUUUGUUUAUUGUGCCACCGGCUUUGUCUUCCUGUUACACAUACAGUUGUGUUGGUUUUACUUACAGUAUAUGCUGUGCCAUUUUGAAUUUUAUUUUUGGUUGGUUGGUUUAAUAGACUUGCGACACUCAAACAUUUGAGGAGAGAUUUGCUAAAAACGAUACCAGUAUUUGAUCCAGUUUCAUCUCAACUAUGAUAAAACCUGGACAUUUUUAGAUGUUAUCAAAGGUCUUUUAUGGGGGGGAGGGAAGUGUAUGAAAUAGAUGUGUGACAUGUGAAAGUAAUGUUUGCUCUGAACAAACUUCUGAAAACUUAGUUGACAAAAUUUUGGAUCAACUUAAAAAAAAAAAAGCAUGACUUUUGAAAUCUCUGAAUGCCUUGGUUCUCAGUAUUAUCAUUCUUUAAUGACUUUUUCUUUAUUAAAAUAAGUAGUUUUAAGACUUCUUUCUGACAGUAUUAUGUAAUUUUUUUAGAGUGGGUAGAUGGGAGUGUCGCUUGUAUGUAACCGUACAGAUGACAUGUAUUUGUCUAUUCUUUAUUAUCUUAGUAGUUUCAUGCUAUG